AUGGACCGCUUCCUGGGUUUUGUCAAGCAGAUAAGAAGAUCUAGGAGAAGAAAGGGAAAAAAGUACCGACCAGAAGAGGAUUACCACGAGGGCUAUGAGGAUGUCUAUUAUUACGCCUCAGAGCAUUUUCGAAAUGAGAGUCCCUACACUAAAUCCGCCAGCCAGACAAAACCGCCUGAUGGAGCAUUGGCUGUGAGGAGACAGAGCAUCCCAGAGGAAUUCAAGGGCUCCACCGUGGUUGAACUGAUGAAGAAGGAAGGCACUACCCUUGGGCUGACGGUUUCCGGUGGAAUUGACAAGGACGGCAAGCCAAGAGUAUCUAAUCUGCGGCAGGGAGGAAUUGCUGCUAGAAGUGAUCAGCUGGAUGUGGGUGACUAUAUCAAAGCAGUGAAUGGCAUCAACCUGGCCAAAUUCCGCCACGAUGAGAUCAUCAGCUUGCUGAAGAAUGUCGGGGAAAGAGUGGUUCUUGAAGUUGAGUAUGAGCUGCCGCCAGUCUCCGUUCAAGGAUCGAGUGUUAUUUUCCGAACGGUGGAGGUCACGUUACAUAAAGAAGGCAAUACCUUUGGUUUUGUAAUACGAGGGGGAGCACAUGAUGAUAGAAAUAAAUCUCGUCCGGUUGUAAUAACAUGUGUUCGUCCUGGAGGGCCUGCUGACAGAGAGGGCACAAUCAAACCUGGUGAUAGGUUGCUCAGUGUGGAUGGAAUUCGGCUUCUUGGAACCACGCACGCUGAGGCCAUGAGUAUUCUCAAACAGUGUGGACAAGAAGCGACGCUGCUGAUCGAAUAUGAUGUCUCGGUCAUGGAUUCUGUGGCGACAGCAUCCGGACCACUACUAGUUGAAGUUGCCAAAACUCCUGGUGCCAGCCUUGGUGUGGCCCUGACUACCUCGAUGUGCUGUAACAAACAGGUCAUUGUCAUAGACAAAAUCAAAUCUGCAAGUAUCGCAGACAGAUGUGGUGCUCUGCAUGUGGGCGAUCACAUCCUGUCCAUCGACGGGACCAGCAUGGAGUACUGUACGCUCGCAGAAGCAACCCAGUUCCUGGCCAACGCCACCGACCAGGUCAAGCUUGAGAUUCUUCCCCAUCAUCAGACCCGCCUGGCCCUGAAGGGACCUGACCAUGUGAAAAUUCAGAGGAGCGACAGGCAACCUCCCUGGGAUUCCUGGGCCAGCGACCACUGCAGUCUUCACACCUACCAUCACUAUAAUACGUACCACCCAGACCAUUGCAGAGCGCCAGCCCUGACAUUCACGAAAGCACCUCCUCCAAACAGCCCUCCAGCUUUGUCUUCAUCCUUCUCUCCUACCUCCACGAGUGCAUACAGCCUGAGUUCCCUGAACAUGGGCACUUUGCCUCGAAGCCUCUACUCCACUAGCCCACGUGGAACCAUGAUGAGGAGGAGGUUGAAAAAGAAAGACUUCAAAAGCUCACUGUCAUUAGCCUCCAGUACGGUGGGCUUGGCUGGGCAGGUUGUUCACACAGAAACCACAGAGGUUGUGCUCACAGCAGAUCCUGUCACAGGAUUUGGGAUUCAACUGCAGGGCAGUGUGUUUGCCACAGAGACCCUCUCCUCUCCACCUCUGAUUUCCUAUAUUGAAGCUGACAGCCCGGCAGAGAGAUGUGGGGUGCUACAGAUUGGAGACAGAGUGCUGGCCAUUAAUGGAAUUCCAACUGAAGACAGCACCUUCGAGGAAGCCAGCCAGCUCCUCCGAGACUCUUCAAUCACAAGCAAGGUCACACUGGAAAUUGAGUUCGAUGUUGCAGAGUCUGUCAUCCCGAGUAGUGGAACAUUUCAUGUAAAGCUCCCUAAGAAACACAGUGUGGAACUUGGAAUAACCAUAAGUUCACCAUCCAGUAGAAAACCAGGAGACCCCCUGGUCAUAUCAGAUAUCAAGAAAGGCAGUGUGGCACACAGAACGGGAACCCUGGAACUUGGGGAUAAAUUACUUGCCAUAGAUAACAUCAGGCUGGACAACUGUUCCAUGGAAGAUGCAGUUCAGAUCCUUCAGCAGUGUGAAGACUUGGUGAAGCUGAAAAUCCGCAAAGAUGAAGAUAAUUCAGAUGAACAAGAAAGUUCCGGAGCAAUUAUUUACACCGUGGAGCUGAAGCGCUACGGGGGACCCCUUGGCAUCACGAUUUCAGGAACUGAAGAGCCUUUUGAUCCUAUUAUCAUUUCAAGCCUCACCAAAGGAGGGUUAGCUGAAAGAACUGGCGCGAUCCACAUAGGAGACCGAAUCCUAGCCAUCAAUAGCAGCAGCUUGAAAGGGAAGCCUCUGAGUGAAGCCAUCCAUUUGUUACAGAUGGCAGGAGAGACUGUCACCUUGAAAAUUAAGAAGCAGACAGAUGCCCAGUCAGCAUCAAGUCCCAAGAAGUUCCCCAUUGCCAGCCACCUGAGUGACCUGGGAGAUGUGGAGGACCCGUCUCCAGCACAGAAGCCAGGCAAACUCACCGAUACGUACCCCUCCACUGUGCCCAGCGUGGACAGUGCCGUGGACUCGUGGGAUGGUUCAGGAAUAGAAGGCAGCUACGGGAAUCAAGGCACUGGCUUUCAGGCCUCAGGCUACAACUUCAACACCUAUGACUGGAGGAGUCCCAAACAGAGAGGCAGUUUGUCCCCAGUCACUAAGCCUCGAAGCCAGACUUACCCAGAUGUGGGGCUGAGUAACGAAGACUGGGACCAGUCCACAGUCAGUGGUUUUACAGGGGCUCCGGACAGUUCAGAGGCUGAACAAGAGGAGAACUUCUGGUCCCAAGCGCUAGAGGAUUUGGAAACCUGUGGACAAUCAGGAAUUCUCAGAGAACUCGAGGAGAAAGCUGACAGGCGUGUGUCUUUGAGAAACAUGAAUCUCUUGGCAACAAUCAUGUCGGGGAGCACGAUGAGUUUGAAUCACGAGGCCCCUACACCUCGCAGUCAGCUGGGGCGACAGGCCAGCUUCCAGGAACGGAGCAGUUCGCGGCCACACUAUAGCCAGACCACUCGGAGCAACACUCUGCCCUCGGAUGUGGGCAGGAAGUCUGUCACCCUGAGAAAGAUGAAGCAGGAAAUGAAGGAGAUCAUGUCCCCUACUCCUGUGGAGCUGCACAAGGUGACCUUGUACAAGGGCUCUGACAUGGAGGACUUUGGGUUCAGUGUAGCAGAUGGCUUGCUGGAGAAAGGAGUAUAUGUCAAAAAUAUUCGCCCAGCUGGGCCAGGAGAUCUUGGUGGCCUAAAGCCCUACGAUAGGCUCUUACAGGUUAAUCAUGUCCGAACGAGAGACUUUGACUGCUGCCUUGUUGUGCCCCUCAUAGCAGAAUCUGGUAAUAAGCUGGACCUGGUUAUUAGUAGAAACCCCCUGGCUUCACAGAAGUCCAUAGAACAGACUCUACCAGGAGGAGAAUGGAGUGAACAGAACAGUGCUUUUUUCCAGCAGUCGAGCCACGGUGGUAAUUUGGAGAUACGAGAGCCCACUAAUACAUUAUAGCGAUGUUUUUUACAAAGCAGGACAAAAGACAAUAUCUACAUGGUGCUAAAAAAAAAAAAAAAAUCCCUUUAAGAUUUCUGUGACAUUUGAAG